AUGUUGGGAGAGAGGAGCACGGAGAGGAGGUUUAAUGAGUCGCUCCAACAGCAGCAACCUAGGAAGCAGGACGAACAGUGCCCGGAGAAGGAGCAGCAGCAGGAGCAACAGGGGGAGCGACAGGAGAGGCAGGAGAAGGAGCAGCAGCAGGAGCAACAGGAGGGGCAAGGGCAGGAGGAGGAGCAACAUCAGGAGCAGCUGGAGGAAAAGCGCCUGACGCAUAAUCAUCGCCUGGAGGGUAGGCCGUUAGGAAUUUCUCACAAACCCGCAGGCCCAAUCUCAAGCUCUCGUGCACGCCUAGUUUCAUGGCGUACUGGCGCAAGCCAAUGCCUAAAAAUCGGCUCUGCGGGCUUUAGGCUCUUAGAGGAAAAUGAACCAGACGGUUCUCAGACAGUUGCUGAGCUGCAAGGGCCUGUGGUAACCACAGAUGCGGAGGUUACCGAAGGCGGGACUGAGGAUGGGGAGGCUAGCGACCUUAGGACUGGUAUGGUUAGGGAGGAGGGAGGAAGGGGGGAGCGGAGAGGAGGGGGGAGAAGAGAGGAGGAGAGAGGAGGGGCGGAGAGAGCGGAGGCGAACAGAAGAGGGGAGGAGAGAGGAGGGGCAGAGAGAGGAAGGGCGGAGAGAGGAGGUGUGGAAAGAGGUACUGGGAUGGAGAGAGGGGUAGAGGCGGAAAGAGGGGAGGGAAGGGAGAAUGGGUUGGGGGUAGCGCGAGGGGUGGGAUCUGGGAACGGGGUAGGGGUGGAAAAUGGGGUAUGGGCGGGGAGAGGUGCAGGUAUGGAAAAUGCAGCUGACGUGAUAAGGGCAUCAGAGGAAGGGAGAGGGGGGGGCAGGGAAGGGAGAUGGGGAGGAGAGGAGGUGUUAAGGGUUGAUAGGAAUUGGGGGGAUUUGAGAGGUAGCUGGGGAGAAGCUGGGUUGCUGUGGCGGAAGGGAGGAAGAGGAGGGAGAGGAGGGGGAGGAGAAGAGGCGGAGGAGGAGUUGGGGGAGGAGGAGGAAGCUGUUGCAGGGUUCAGCCAGGAGGAGCGCUAUGUGUGGAGGGGUAGGGAAAGACCAGGAACAGUAGGUGGCGUUGGGCGAGGUGGAGGGUGUGGAUUAGAGGAGGGGGGAGGAGGAGGAGGAGGAGGAGGAGGAGGAGGAGGAGGAGGAGGAGGAGGAGGAGGAGGAGGAGGGGGGGGGGGGGGAGGGGGAGGAGGGGGAGGAUGGGGAGCAGUAGGAGAAGGGGGUGAAGCACACGCAGCUGGCGAGAGAGGGAAUGGUUUCCCCCGGGCGAGGUCUCCCAUACCAAAGCAGAUUUCGCUCUGGCAAUCCACAGGCAGAAACCGAGCCAAGCCGCGCGCAGGCUCGGCAGGAGGUCCGGGUCUAGGCCUGGAACUAGGUCUGGGAGUCGCCCUGGAGCCAGGUGCAGCAUCGUUCCAAGCAGAAAGGAGAAUCCCCCAGGAAAUCUCCACUCUGGAUUUCCAUGCAGGUGUGACAGCUGCUAUAGCUGCUAGGGGUGGGCUUGCAUCUGUCUCUGCAGCUGUGGCUGCCCGUGUGUCCUCCCCCACGUCUACUGUUGCCGCUGGGGUGUCUGUUUCAUCCCCUGCUUCCUCCCUUGCCUCUCAGCUGCCUUUCCUUGGCCGAGGGUCGUCUCUGCAUGGGAUUGAGUGGGGGAGAGAGGUGAGGGAUGGGAGGGAUUGGAGAGGUGGGAGAGGAGGGAGGGAGGAGAGGGAGGGGAGGGAAGUGCGAGGAGGGAGGGAGGAGAGGGAAGAGAGGGAAGAGGGGGAGGAGAGGGAACGGGAGGAGGAGUGGGUAGUGAUGGAACAGAGGGAAGGGGAGGAAGGAGAUGAGGGGAGGGUAGGAAAGGGCGAGCAACAGCAGCAGCCACGCCAAAAGCAGGAGGAGGGACGUGCAGAGGGAUUUGAGAUGCUCAGCUUGCAGCAAGGUGAAUAUCCACAGGUGCAGCAGCAGCAGCAGCAGACGCAUCAAGGGGGGCUGGUAGGAGCUGAAGCAGGGUCAACAGGGGCUCCAGCAGCCAUUGCCACGCCAGCACGCCUUGAAGCGCAAGCCUUGCCUACCUCCCUACCUCCACUCCCCCAAACCUCGCCUCGAGGCUUGGGCCGAAGCGCGGACAGGUUCGGUGCCGAGCCUCGGCCUCUGGUUAGCACAGCAACAGGUCGGGAUGUUUCUCCCCGACCACCCAGGAUCGAAACCAAGGGAAGUCAACUGUACCCAGGUGCUUUUCAAGGGAGUGCUUCUAAAGGAUGUGCUUAUAACGGGGAUGCCUUCAAAGGAGCUGCUUUUAAGGGGGAUGCUUCCAAAGGAAGUGGUUUCAAAGGGGUGAGCUCGACCCCUGGUGGGCAGUGGUUUGCACGAUUGAUCAAGCCUAAGGCUUCUGUUGGAGGGAAUAGGAUCAUAGGAAAGGGAGGAGACAGAGGAGGAGCAGACCGACCAGGAGCAGACCGACCAGGAGCAGAAAUACCGGAACCUCGUGGGAUGUCUCAGUGCCAACCCCUCAAAGCCUCUCCCAGUCCUCUCACCCUUCUUCAGUAUCAGAAACACUCGUCAGCAAGGGAUGAUAGGGCUGAUAGGGUUGAUAAGACUGAGAGGGUGGACAGAGCUGAGGGGGCGGACAGGGGGGACAGACAGGGAGCAGAAGCUCCAGAGUCCCGUGCAGUCUCCCCCCGUCCUCUCUCCCUCCUUCAGUAUCAGGGGCUCUCGGGCUCGGGAGCAAGGGCUGUAGCAGGAGGACCAGCUAUAGCGGUACCUACGCCAGGAGCAACAAUGGGGGCGGCUGUAGCAGGAAGAGCAGCUGCAGCAGGUGUGCCGGGAGCCGCGGCGGGAGAAGCUGUUUUAGGUUCUGCUAUGCUGGGAUCGGCUGGAAAUCCUAACUCUAAUAUGAGACCUGCUGCUUUGCUGGGAGCCGCUGGGAACCCUGACCUUAAUCCGAGGCCCACGACAAACCCCAAUUCGGCCUUACGGCUUUGGUCAACCCAUAUCCCUGACUUGGGCACCUUGCGAAACCCUAAUCUGACUGCUCGGGCGGAUUCGGGCAAGCAGGCAAUUAGUGCUGGUGUUGGUGCAAGUGCAGUGAUGGGUGGUGGCGGUGGCGGUGCUGCUGCUGCUGUCGCUGCUGGCGCUGCUGCUGCAGCUCCUGCUGCUGCUGUUUCUGCCACUUUUGCUCUGUCUGCUGUGGGUAGUGGUGCUGCUGCUGCCAGGGGGUUUGCUGGGACGAAAACCUUCCCUGCUGUUUCCAUACCUGACGCAGCAGGUUCGGCUAUUCACGCACCUGCAGGCUCGGACUCCCUUGCUGCUGCAAGUAGGUGUGUGGGAGGGCCAGUGCCUGGAGGUAAGGGAGGGAGGAAGGUGCGUGGAAGGUGGCAGGGGGAGAGGGGAGGAGAGGUCGCGAGGGAAGGGGAUGAGGACGGGGAGAGGGGGGAAGAGAGGGAGGAAGAAAGAGGGGACGUCCAAGGUGGGUAUAUUCCAUCAGUUGAGAAGGGUGCAAGGAAGGCGGAAGGGGAAGGAGAAAGAGGGGAGGCACAAGGGGGGUAUGCUGCUUUAGCAGCGAGGGGUGAGAGGAAGGGGGAGGCGGCAGAAGCACAAAGAGAGACGCAGGUAGAGCAGCUGUUCAGGGCAAGGGACGGGCGGGCAGUUGAAGCAGCAGGAGAGGAGCAGGGUCGUCUUAUGGGAAGUGGAAUAGGCAGAGGGGACACGUGGAGGAGAGGGGGGUAUGGGGCAGGAGUGCAGGAGGGAAGGCAGGAGGAGAGGCAGGAGGAGAGGAAGGAGGGGAGGCUGGAUGGAGUGGUGGGCAGGGUGGGGCCUUGCAUAGGGAGAACGGGAUAUGGAGUGCAGGAGAAAGGGCAGGAGGGACCGCAGGAGAGGAGGCAGGAGAAAGGGAAGGAGGUGUGGCAGGAGGGGAGGCAGGAUGACAGGCUGGAUGGCGUAGGGAGAAUGGGUUACAUGCGGUACGGAGUGGUUGAUGCUGCAGCGAUGGGAACAGAAGGGAGGUGUCUGGAAGAGCUGGGAGAGGGGGAAAGGAUAGGCUUGAGAGGUGGAGUGGGGCAGCUGUUACCAGAUAUGCAUAUGGGGCAGGAACGGGUGGAGCAUGAUGAGAGUAGGGAAAGAGAAGGCGAGAGAGCAGAUGGAGGGAGAAGAGGGGAACGAGGGGAAGGAUUAGAGCACGGCAGAGGAAGGCAGGGGCGGGUGAGGCAAGAAGGGCCGAGUGGGUGUGAUAAGAGGGAUGUGGUACGAAUCCUGUGUGAUGAGAAGGAGGAGGGGCGAGGGAAGAGAGCGAGAGAAGAGAAUGAAUGUGACGACGGUGUUGCUCCAAGGCAUGAGAGGGAGGAGGGGCGGGGGAAGAGGAGGGGGCACCGAGGGGAGAGAGACGGUGAGAGGCAGGAAAAGGACAGAGAGAGGAGGAUAAGGGAGAAGGAGCGGGCGGCGGUAGGAGGUUUGUUGCCAGAUGAGCAAUCUGCCAAGCUGGCAGCGCUGCGGAGGUGGCGACAGGACGCCGCCAGGUGGCGCGAGGAGAUUGGCUGGCAGGAGCGGAGCCUAGGGCUUGUUGGGAAGGGCAUGGGUGUGAGGCAGUUGAAUGGGGUGCGAGAGGGUGGAGAGGGAAGAGAGGAUAGAGUGGAUCGAGGAGGAGGGGGUGGAGAGGGGAUAGAGGGAGGAGAGAGAGGAGAGGGAGUAAGAGAGGGGGAUGAUGGAGAAAGGGCGGAAGGAGAGGAGGGGAGAGAAGGAGCAGGAAGGGGUAUGGAUGGUGGAGGAGAGGAAGGCUCUGCUGCCACGAAUACUGAUGCUGCUGCCGGUACUGGUGAUGCUGGUGCUGGUGAUGCUGUUGCCGAUGCUGCUGCUACGGCUACUGGUGCUCUUAGCAAUGCUACUGCCCUCCCCCCAACUGCAACCAGUGCCAGGUGCAUGCUCCUUCCCAUCCUGGAAAUCGGCUACCUGGCCCUGGGCCGGUCCCUCAUUGGCUGGAGCCCCCGCUGUGAUUUUUGCGGGCUGCCCGGCCACACCCUGUUGACUUGCGUUGAAACUCUUGACUCCGAAACCUCGGCUCUGAUUGGCCGGCUGGGUGCCAAGGGGGAAGUGGACAGGCGGGUAGAAGGGAGGAAGCGGAAGAGGGAGGAGGAAAAGAGGAGGAGGAGGGGUGGGAAGAGGCGGAGAGGGGGAGCGGGAGACGGGGAGGAGGGGCGAGGGAAGAGGGGGGAGAAGGAGGAAAGAGUGGGCUUGGGUGGUGUGAAAGAAGGAGCAGGGGACACAGGGGAAGGUAUUACAGCAUUAGGUGGUAUAGAAUCCUUAGGAGGAGAUAUUAUGGGGGAAAAGGAUUUUGUAGGUGGGGUUGGGGACGGGUUAGGUAAGACAGAGGAGUUGGGAGUGGUUGCAAGUCUGGCUGGAAUUGGUUCCUAUCUUCCCUAUGGAACCCCUCGACCUUCUUCUGUCCCGCUUGCACUUGCAAAGGCCCUGGGCUUAAAACGAGGACUGGGUGUACUGAACAGUAAUAGCGAAAGCGCUGGGCGUAUGUCGAGCUGUGGGGGGAACAGUAAUGCGGUUAUGGGAGCGCUCUUUAGUGGAGCAGGUGUGGCUGGAGCAGGUGCUACUGAGAUGGGGAACUGUAAUGUGGGGGGUGGCAUUUCAACUCCCCAUGAGUUGGUGGGUGGUGGAGCAGGGAUGGGGAUGGGAAGAGGAGGAGGAAGGGGGUUCGAAUUUCUAGCCCCUCAUGACUUGGUGAUUGGUGGAGCAGCAGUGGGGGAAGGAAGAGGAGGGGAGGAUGUUGGGAAAGAGGGGGAUAAGAUGAGGGUAGUGGCUGAUGAGUGUGGGGUGAAAGGUGGGGAGAGAGAGCAGGAAGGAGGGCGAAGCAGCAUGAGGGGAUUGGAGGACGGGGAGGGGAGCAAGGAGGGAGGUAGUGAGGAGGAGGAAGUGGGGGAUGGGAAAGAGGUGGAGGAGGAGGAACAGGAAGGAGGGAUGUGUGUGGGUGGGCGUAUGGAGGAGCAGGAGGGUGGAGAGGAGAGAGUGAAGGGUGGGGAUGAGCGUAUGGAGGAGGAGGAAGGGGAGAAGGGAGGGGAGGAGGGAGAGGAUGCGGGCAGGACUGAUAACAGGACAGCAGGGGAGGAUGCUGGGGAGGAAGGAGUCGGGGGAGAGGGAGCAGGUGGGUCAGAGGGGGACGAAGGAGGAGAGGAUGAGAAUAAGGGAAUGGGAGACAAGGAUAAGGAUAUGGAGUCAGAACAAGACAAAGACGUGCCGACCCCCGUCUGCCUGUGGUGUCUGGCAGAAGGUCAUUGGGCGGCGGAGUGUACUGACCUGGCAAGAACCCGAGCGAAGCACGCGACUAGUAGCAGGGAGACAGCUGGCAGGGAGACAUCAGGUACGGGCCGGGCCACCACAGGCACUGGCAGGGAUACCACAGGUGCAGUAGCAGACACAGGAGCAGCUGGAGCAGUAGCGACAGCAAGAGAGGCAGCACUGGGAGGUGUAGCAGGCGAGGCGUUAGCACCUCCUUGUGCUGUUGCGCACGGCUUACCUGCAAGCGCAGGUGCUGCAGCAGCUAACCUGGCGUGUUUUGAGACGUCUCAAAACGGCUUACCUGCAAGCACAGGUGCUGCAGCAGCAGCAGACCUGGCAAAACGGGAGGCUGGCAGAAGCACUGAUGUGACCGGGAAACGGGAAGAUGAAGUUGGGGGCGCAUGGAACGCUCCUGCUGUUUUCCCAGGCUGGUUUGAUCUCUUCGACCCACAUGGCACAGCACAGGAAGGCAGCGGCUUGCCUGCUGCCUUGCUCGCUUCCAUCGAAUCGCUGCGCCUCUCCCGAAGGGAUAUUGUCAAGAUUCAAAGCCAUCCAGGUGUCAGAGAACGAGUGGUUGGCUUCUUCCUCCGCCUCCGAUUGGGAAAGAAAGAAGAGGAUUUGGGCGGCACGGGUUACCGCAUGGCCAAAAUUACAGGUGUUGUGCGCAAGCAAGCUGUUGAGUCUGUACCCUCAUCGGCUGAUUCGGGCGGAAUGGCGCUCACUGUAGAUAUGGGUGACGGGGAAUAUACUGUAGACGGCCAUUACGUCUCCAACAAACCAUUUCUUGAGGUUGAGGUUGUUGAGUGGUGUAAAAAGAUAUGGCAGAAAGGUGGGGCCACGUUGCUUGCUCCUAUUCUGUGUGGCAAGGAUAUCGAGGCCAAGAUAUUGGUCCUUCUAGCUCUCUCUUUCAUCACUUUGACUGGUCUGUCUUUUGUCGAAAUCGAGGAGGACACUGUCGAGAAAGCGAUCACGCGACAGCUGAUGAGCGCAGAUGAAGACGAUAAGGGCGGCAAGGGAUCGAGCAACGACUUAGGCGUGCACCUCGCGAGAGACGAGGAGGAAUUACCGGAGCAGCUGAAGCAGCGGUCGCGCCAGUCCGACGGCGGGGAAACAGCGGAAGCGGGGGUAGCGGGGGGAGCGGGGGGCGGAGAGGGGGAGGAGGAGUCCGGCGGGGAUUCCGGCGAUCAGAGCGACUCGCUGCACGUGCACGUGCAUCUGAUCGCGUCGUGCGAUGUGGAGUCGGUGGAAGAGAGUCUUGACAUGCUGCAGCGUAAAGUUCUCUGGGACGAGCAUUACGUGCCGCUCACUGUCCUGCUGGACUGCCAUGACCCCAAAUACGAAACCGCUGCUGCUGCCGGGCUGAGGGGCGGGAAAGGCGCCGCUGCUGGUGGCGCUGGUGCUGCUGGUGCUGGUGGUGGUGGUGGUGGUGGUGGUGAUGGGGAGGAGAGUGAAUGGGCUGUUGUGUUUCCAAGAGACAAAGUCAAGGCAGCUAUCUUUCAGAGGAGGAGGCUGCUCGGGUGUAAUGUCACUGCAGACAGGGGAAGUGGUUGUGACAGAGGUGAUUUGGAUGAGGAACCUGUGGAUGGAUGGUUUGGGUUUAACGAAACGGGGUCUGGGUUUAACGAAAGGGCGGACUGGGAAGAGGGGUUAUGGGCGCCUGGGGAGUUUCCACAGGGCAGGGGAGAUGCUCUCUUGGGGAAGAGCCGAGAAGGGGAUGUGGUUUCGGGUUUAGAUGUGGGUUCGGGUGUGGGCGGAGGAAGGCACCUAUUGGGAAAAGCAGUUGUUGUGGCAAAGAAAGGGGCAGCGGUUUCCGGUAAAGGAGCUGCGGUGAAGGGUGGACAGGCGCAGGGCAAGGGUAAGGGUGCAGCAGCAAAGGCUGGUUCAGCCGCAGGCGCAGCGGCUGGUUCUAAACUAGGAGGUAAAGCCGGGAAUGCAGCAGCUGCUGCUGCUGCAACAGGCGCCAAAGCAGGAGCAGGAGCCAAGGCAGGCAGCGGCAAAGCUAAACCGGGAACUGUUACCAAGCCGGCCAAAACAGCGGCUGCUGCUGCUGCUGCUGCUGCUAAGACCACCAGCGCUACAGCCGCCGCUACAUCUACUACAGCCGGCGCUGCACGGGGCGGCAGCAGCGAGCUGGCGGUGCUGACCUUCCUGGACGCGUGGCGGCCGAAAUCCGCCCUGGGGAUCGCGUUCUACCUGCGGGAUUCGGCGCGCGUGUCGCCCUUCUUCUACCGCUUCCUGGUUGACUCCGUUGAGAUGCUGGCGGGGGCCGCUCCCCCUAGUGACGAUGGGGGGGACAGUGUUGGCGAGCUGUAUUCCAGCCCGCCGUUCUCAACGCUGUUCGGGAUCAAUAUACUGGACCCGGGCACCACACCAGUGCCCCAGCAGCCCCCUCCCUCAUGGCACCUGCACCAGGCUUUGACCGUUGACUGUCAGUUCGUCUUCCCAACGCCCUGGGAGGAAAUACUCCUCUGGCGCCGCUCCUUCCCCAACACCUCCUUCACCCUCUCCUCCACCGUUUCCCACCUCAAAGACGCCGCCUUUGCCAUCUCAGCUGUAGCGGCUUCCCGUGACGGUUCUGUGAAUCUUCAGGGGAAGUUUCAGGGCCGGGGGAGGGCGGAUCUGGGGACGGAUUACUUCACCAGGACGUGCCAGGCGGAUCCGGUGCAGCAAAUACACUCGUUACUCGAUAGCCACGGGCGGUUUAAUCUGCUCGCACCGGACAUUAACGGGAGUAGCAUGUGCGUGUCGCUCGCACCAAUCAGGAAGCAGGAGGAGCGGGCGAAAGGGUUAGUAGCAGCCGCGGCCAAAGCGAAACGGAAACUGAACCCGAAAGAGGCUGCAGAGGUAGCAAAGGCGAAGAAAGCCAAGGAGGUGUUGCUUGCGAGACUGUUUGAUGAUCCUCAGUAUGCGCUAGGAAAGGAGAGCCCCCGGGUUGUUAGAGCGCUGGAGAAAAGCGCAGUAAGUGCCGACGCUUUGCUAAGAACGCCCCGAACGGACAUGUGCGGGCGGCCGGUGCGAAGGGGACUGUACGCUCAAGAUGUGAAAGGGCUCCGGAAAAUGCUGUCGGUGAUUCAGACGAAUAACACUGUCGUUGCCGUGAUGACAAGCGUAGGGUUUGCAGAUAUGCUCACCAACUGGCUGUGUUAUGUGCGAGAGCUAGGGUUUACGAAUUUCUUUAUUAUUACCACGUCGGCGAAACAGGCAUUGGAUUUGUUCGCCAAAGGGCACGCAGUGUUCCUCCUUCGGCCGUCAUUCAUUCACCUCAACUCCUCCCUCCCCGGCACCCUCUCCUCAUCUUCCUCUGCUGCUGCUGCUGCUGAAGCGGCUCACUUGAGAGCAGCGGCGUAUCUGCAGAGUGCGGGAGGGGACGGGCAGCAGCAGGGGUCGCAGCAGGAGCAGCGUGGGGGGGGGAAGGUGGGACGCACGUUGCUAGGGUUGGAGGGGGCAAGGGCAGAAGGGGACGGUUUGGUGGUGACUUUUGAGCCAACUCAAAAGUCACCUCGUUACAAUGGCACGCGCACGUUGCUGGGGUUGGAGGGGGCAAGGGCAGAAGGGGACGGUUUGUUGGGUGACUGGAUGGAAGGCAGACAUGGGAACAGACUGCUUAUGAGUGCUGGUGGCAGCGGUGGAGAUGGGUUUGGAGGGGUUGGAGGGGUUGGGGAUGGAGGGGUUGGGGAUGGAGGGGGUGGGGAUGGAGGAGGAGGGCAGGGGGGGAGGAGGAAGGCCAAGUGGGGGUUCAGGCUGGUGGCAGCGGCUAAGGCGAUGAAACGGGCGGCAAGGCGGGUGGCGACUGCAUCUGGUCUGAGGCGCACUCCAAACAUCACAGUGCCGUUCUCUAUGGAAUACGGGGGGAUCGGAUACAAGCAGCUUCUGCUCAAGCGCACGCGAUUGGUGGGCUCGAUUCUCAAGAUGGGGUACAAUGUGUUGCUUGCUGACGUGGACGCCGUGUGGCUUUCCGAUCCGUUCGUCCACAUGGGCAACAAAUCCGUGGACAUUUACGGGCAGUUGGAGCCUUCUGGUCAGCUGUGCGGGGGUUUCCUCUUCCUGCGCUCCACGCCGCGUGUGGUAACCCUAUGGGACCAGGUUACAGGCCUGUACACGCGCACGUUCAACCGCAUGGCAAAGGAGGCACUGUACAAGAAGCCAGAGGAGAUGGGCGCGUGGCUCAAGCAAUUCGAGCAUUUGCACGAGCAGCGGUAUCUGAACCAGCUGCUGGGGAAGCGGAGGAACAAGGUGCAGGUGCGAGGGCUGGACGUGCUAAAGUUUCCCAACGGGAAGGAGUUUUUUGUGCAGCGCGCGCCGCAGCAAGCAGAGGUGGCGCCUGUGGUGAUUCACAACAACUACAUCAAGGGGAAGAAGGCCAAGAUUCAACGUUUUAAAGAGUUUGGCUUAUGGCGAGCUGAUCCAAGUGGAACCUCUUGCCUUUGCCUCUCGUGCCCAUCGCAAGCUACCACCACACAAAAAGGAGCCCUGGGUAGACAUUAA